CCCGAGCCUACUCAAACCCGACCUAUGAACAGGUCCAUACGUCUCCCUCCUCAAUCCUCACCCCUUACCUCUUUGGCCCCUCAGCUUUUGCUUCUUCAUGAAUAAACAUACAGGUACCUUUGACAAAAAAAAUACAGGUACAGUAUUAGCUAUUCGUCCAUGGAUUCAAUUUAAUCGUCUCAUUUCCUUGUAAACCAGGUUCCAUUUUUGCUCUAAUUGUUCAGAAUUUAAAGCAAUCGCCGCCAAUUUCUUACUACAUUUCCUCUUCGAUACAGAUUGGGUCUUUUUGCUAAUUUAUUUGCUCAAAUUUAUCUAAUCUCCAUUACCAUUCUGUCAAUUUUUUAUUAUAGUUCAAGCCAUGUCAAUUUGUGUUGGAAACAUUAUUCCACCUCCCUUCCCGUUUUGCCCCUCAAACCCUGAAGCUACAAAGCUCAGUUAUCUCACAGUUAUGCACAAAUUGUUAAUAUUCAAAAAAUCUGUAAAUUUUGCUAUCUGUGAAUCCCACACUCAACACUCUGUAUUAGCUGCUACUGUCAAUUCAGAACAAGUAGAAAAAAUUAAAGUGAAUGCAGAUGAUGAUAAUAAACCAAAGUUUAAGUGGCUUAAAAUUGGUUCUGAUAUCACAGAAUCACAAAAACAGUAUAUAUCCGAACUCUCGCCGAAAAUGAGUAAUCGAUGUACGGCUCUCUUGAAGAAUCUUAUUUGUUACUCUCACCAAACGCAGAAUGUUAGUUUAUCGGAUUUGUUGCGUUCUUGGGUAAGGGUAAUGAAGCCGAGAAGAACUGAUUGGCUUUCGAUUCUUAAACAGUUGAAACUGAUGGAGCAUCCUCUUUAUCUUGAGGUGGCCGAACUUGCCCUACUAGAAGAAUCUUUUGAGGCUGAUGUUCGUGACUACACAAAAGUGAUCCAUUGCUAUGGGAAACUAAACCGACCUAAAGAUGCAGAAAAAAUUCUCUUGGUCAUGAAAGAGAGAGGCUUUGAGAUUGAUCAGGUAGUCUUAACUACCAUGAUGGACGUGUAUAGCAAGUCCGGUAAGCUAAAUCAGGCUGAGAAAAUUUUCGAAGACCUGAAGCUGCUUGGCCAUCCGUUGGAUAAACGAGCAUAUGGCUCCAUGAUUAUGGCCUUUAUCAGAGCCGGAAUGCCCGACAGAGGAGAAGCUUUACUUAGAGAAAUGGACGCUGAAGCAAUUUAUGCAGGAAGUGAAGUUUACAAGGCAUUGUUAAGAGCAUAUUCAAUAAUCGGUGAUGCUGACGGAGCCCAAAGAGUGUUUGAUGCAAUUCAAUUUGCAUGUAUUCCUCCGGAUGCUAGAGUGUGUGGACUCCUCGUAAACGCUUACCUGAUGGCAGGCCUAAGUAAAAAGGCAGUCGCCGUAUUUCAAAAUAUGAGGAGGGCUGGCGUUGAGCCUAAUGAUAAAUGUAUUGCCUUGGUACUGGCUGCAUAUGAGAAGGAAAACAACCUCGAUGAAGCGUUGAACUUACUAACGAGUUUGGAGAACGAGGGGAUGAUGCUUGGUAAAGAAGCUUCACAAAUGUUAGCUGGGUGGUUUAGAAGAUUAGGAGUAGUUAAAGAAGUGGAGCUUGUCUUGAGAGAAGUUAGUUUCAGAACUCCUGCACAUUAAAUCAUCACAGAUCCUUGCUUUGCACCAACGAACCGAGUCAGUUUCGAGCUGAUAUAAAUAUGCUUCUGAUGAAUGAUGAUGGCUAUGAUUAUAGAGUCGCAGAGGGAACGCGUUGAAACCACGACAGCAUGCUGAAAUUAGCAUUAUCAUGGAAGCCAGGUAUCUUGUUUUUGGAUAGAUAUUCCUUUGCAUCCAUUAUCAAUAUACAUUAACCAACAUUUUUGUCAUUGCUGAAAUGCUUUGUAACUUGUAAACAUGCUACUCUCUAGAAUUAGCUCAAGUAGAUAUUUUUCUUGAUAAAAGUAAGUUCUAUUACUCUUCAGAAUUAUGUUUAUAUAAUUUUUUUGAGCUGAAAUUUGAAAAGAAUAUAUUCGUUCCCUACCAUAAAGAGACGAAGUUUGGUUUGUAUAAUAAUUAAAAAAUAAUGGUCAAAUUAGUUAUUUCUUUUAACUUCUCA